UCAGAAUCGGAUUUUGGGACAUCAGCUCAGAUGGGGAGACUCAAAACGGCAACAAUAAGAACAUCAAGCUAGUACUAGCCUUGACGGACACUGGUUGGUAGCGAUGGCGGACGAGCGGGACCCUGAUGUCGAGUACGUCCUUUUGAACAAGCGAGACGCCAAAGUCUACAAGGUGCCGCCAGCCGCAUCGGCAUCCGGCCACAAAGCUUCAGAUUGGCAGGAAGCGAUCUGGCGAGGAAACCUUCGCAUCGUCGCUCGAGGAACAGAGUUGUCCAUCCGUUUGCUGGACAGCAGUUCCGGCAACUUGUUCGCGCAGUGUGUCAUUCCAGAUGGCUUGUAUGAGCACUAUGUGGAGCGCGUGGUGGACUCGAGUCGGUACUGGGUUCUCAAGAUCGUGAAUGGUCCGCGGCACGCCUUCAUCGGCUUUGGCUUCAGCGAGCGGAAUGAUGCGUUUGAUUUUAAUGCUUGCCUGGCCGAUUUCAAGGCCACAUUCAUUGACAAGGUCCAUGAAGCCAAAGCAGCGGAAGCAAUGCCCACGAAAGAUCUAUCGCUGAAGGAGGGGGAGACAAUCAAGGUGAGCUUACCGGGCAAGGGUGCCAGGCGCCGUGAGGUGAAAGCAGGGUAUCCCGCUGGCUUGCUGGCACCGCCGCCAGCCACCAGUACCUCUGUCCAGGAUGCACCUCCUCCAACAGGGCCUCCCUGCCGCCAUGCCUCACACCCUCGCCGCUGAGGCGGCGUCCAGCGACACUGCGCCGCUGAAGGUCCCAGCGGCCGUCCCUGCAGAGGACUUGGACUUCGCCGAUUUUCAGUCAGCGGCUGCCACACAGAGUUAAUCCUUUGGACCCUGACUCGGAGGAUCCGGCGCGACGCGGUUAGGGGGAUAGACAUGCCGAGAGCUGGUCACCAGCUGGGCAGGUUGCCCCAAGAGGGAGGCGCCGACUCCAUGCCCAGGGUCCUGGUUGAAGGUAAGGCUGCGCCCAAAAGAAGCGCGCAGCGAAGCUGCAAAGCCGUUCACCACAGAGGAAAGGCGACCAA